AUGUACGAUGAAGCAUACACCGAGAGCCAUACCGAUACUGUCACUCAGGUUGCUUUCCAUCCAACACAACAAAACACCCUGCUCUCAGGAGCCACUGAUGGUCUGGUAUCGAUAUUCGACACGACCAUCUCGGACGAGGACGAUGCCCUAGUUCAGGUGCUCAACCACUAUGGUGCCGUGCACUGUGCCGGUUUCCUGAACGCCGAAGAAGUCUAUGCCGUCAGCACGGACGAACAGCUUUCAGUGUACACAUUGAGCAAGCCCACCGACCCUGAAGACGCCACUCUUCCAGUCACUGCAUUCGGAGACGUCAGAGAACAGUUGAAGAGCAGCUACGUGAUUGACAUGUUCCCAAACUCGCCUUCAGCUUACAUCGCUACUGGAGACACUUCUUCUUCUCGCCUCACUCUGGUUCCGCUGAAUCCCAGCUGGUCUUUCGACAUGGCAGGCACAAUGGACUUCCCUGGCGCACACGGGGAUGAAAUCGUCCGCGACUUCCUCAUCGACAACCAUAAUCAACGUGUGAUCACCUGCGGAGAAGACGGACAAGUUCGUCUGUGGGCACAAGAGGCACAAUCUCAAGCAGCCUCAGCAGAUGCCAUGGACAUUGACAAGAAAAAGAAGCGCAAGGACAAGAAGAAGAAGGAUAGGUUCAACCCUUACUAG